AUGGGCAGACGUGGAAACGGCCCCAAAAAUAACAAGCAAAAAUUAGCGCCUGAAAAGGAGCGGUUUAUCCAAUGUUGUUCGGACAUCACACUUGAACUGACAAGCUCUUUGACGUCAGGAACUUCACGCGAAAUCAACUUGAAUGGGCUCAUCACCAAAUACUCUAAAAAAUAUAAGUUGAAGCAACAGCCUCGUUUGACCGAUGUGAUUAACUCGAUUCCAGACCAACAUAAGAAAUAUCUGCUGCCGAAGCUGAAGGCCAAGCCCGUCAGAACCGCCUCUGGUAUCGCUGUUGUGGCUGUAAUGUGUAAACCACAUCGCUGUCCGCACAUUGCUUAUACCGGUAACAUUUGUGUUUACUGUCCCGGUGGACCAGACUCGGAUUUCGAGUACUCGACACAGUCCUACACAGGUUAUGAGCCAACAUCCAUGCGUGCUAUCAGAGCACGUUACGACCCUUACGAACAAGCCAGAGGCCGUGUAGAGCAGCUGAAACAACUGGGCCACUCCAUAGACAAAGUUGAGUACAUUAUCAUGGGAGGUACUUUCAUGUCAUUGCCCAAGGAUUACCGUGAGGACUUUAUUGUCAAGCUGCAUAACGCCUUGUCUGGCUUCAACGGGAAUGACAUAGAUGAAGCAAUCCAAUACUCGCAGCAGAGUUUAAUGAAAUGUGUCGGUAUCACUAUAGAGACAAGACCCGACUAUUGCACACGGACUCAUCUGGACGAUAUGUUAAAAUACGGAUGCACCAGACUGGAAAUUGGCGUUCAAUCGCUUUAUGAGGAUGUGGCUAGAGAUACUAAUCGUGGGCACACUAUUCGAUCCGUGGCAGAGACGUUCUGUGUGGCCAAAGAUGCGGGUUAUAAGAUCGUUUCGCACAUGAUGCCGGAUUUACCCAAUGUUGGUAUGGAAAGAGAUAUCGAGCAGUUCAAGGAAUAUUUCGAGAAUCCUGCGUUCCGUACCGAUGGCCUUAAAAUAUACCCAACUUUGGUCAUCAGAGGUACAGGUCUUUACGAACUUUGGAAAACAGGUCGUUACAAGUCAUAUAACGCCAACGCUCUUGUUGAUUUGGUGGCUCGAAUUAUGGCUCUUGUGCCCCCAUGGACAAGAAUAUACCGUGUACAGAGAGAUAUCCCGAUGCCCUUGGUCACGUCUGGUGUAGACAAUGGUAAUUUGAGAGAACUUGCCUUGGCCAGAAUGAAGGACUUUGGUACCACCUGUCGUGAUGUUCGUACCAGGGAGGUCGGAAUCCAGGAAGUUCAUCACAAGGUGCAGCCAGACCAAGUAGAGCUUAUCAGGAGAGACUAUGCCGCGAAUGGAGGCUGGGAAACAUUUUUGUCUUAUGAAGAUCCAAAACAAGAUAUUCUGAUUGGUCUGCUACGACUAAGGAAAGCAUCGAAGAAAUAUACAUACAGGGAAGAGUUUAAGUCGCAAAGGACCUCGAUCGUUAGAGAACUUCACGUGUAUGGUUCUGUUGUACCACUGCACUCAAGGGACCCACGCAAGUUUCAACAUCAAGGCUUUGGCACUUUAUUAAUGGAAGAGGCUGCGAGAAUAGCCAAAGAGGAGCAUGGUUCAGAGAAAAUCUCGGUGAUAUCUGGCGUCGGUGUUAGAAACUAUUACGCUAAACUGGGCUACGAACUUGACGGACCAUACAUGUCCAAGAAACUAUAA